UUCAAUUGUUUCCAGUGCGUGUCCUAAUGGGACUAUUUUAUUCACUCCGCUACUCAAUGAGGACAUAUUAUAUAUAAAUCUCAAGACAAACAUUAAUUAAUUAAUUGAGCAAUAAUGGCAACCACAUAUGGAACUCCGGCCGCCGGCAGCGGUUACGACCGGAGUAAAGAAGUAAAAGAAUUCGACGAGUCGAAAAUGGGGGUCAAAGGACUUUCAGAUUCCGGCAUCACUUCCAUCCCUCAAUUCUUCAUCCACCCUCCCGAAACUCUCGGCGACCUCAAAACCUCCUCACCACCAUCCACAACCAUCCCAGUCAUCGAUCUCUCCAACUUCAACUCAUCCACCCACCGACCAAAAAUCAUCCAACAAGUCAAAGAAGCCGCCAAAACCUGGGGCUUCUUCCAGGUCAUUAACCACCGAGUACCGAUCUCCGUCCUCGACGACACGAUCGCCGCCAUCAAAGCAUUCCACGAGCUUCCACAGGGCGAGAAAUCCAAGCACUAUAAACGGGAAGAAUCACGCGGCGUCAUGUACGCCAGCAACAACGACUUGUACCGCACGGAAGCGGCAAGCUGGCACGAUUCUUUGCAGGUGUGGUUGGGUCCGGACCCACUGGAGGUGGAGGAAAUCCCGGAGAUUUGUCGGAAUGAAGUGGUUGCGUGGGGUGUCCAUGCGACUGAGGUAGCUGAGGAUGUGAUGGAGUUGCUUUCGGAAGGGUUGGGUUUGGAGGCUGGCAAGUUUAAGGAGCUGACUUUCUCGAAAGGGAAAGCACUCGUCGGGCACUGCUAUCCUUACUGUCCACAGCCUGAUCUGACGGUUGGGAUCACAUCGCAUACAGAUCCUGGGUUUAUAACGGUUUUGUUGCAGAACCAUGUUCCUGGGUUGCAAGUCAAACAUGGCGAUGCCUGGGUGGAUGUGAAGCCUCUCCCUGGUGGCUUGAUCAUCAACGUUGGCGAUUUCCUUCAGAUUGUUUCUAAUGGGGACUAUUCGAGCGUACAACAUAGGGUUUUGGCAAACCCGUAUAAGGAAGCUAGAAUCUCAAUAGUCAUAUUUUUCAACUUGUCCAAAUGGAAAGGUGAUGGUGAAUAUGGACCUCUGCCGGAGCUAUUAUCGCCGGAGAAGCCACGUAUUUAUCGGGAUUUUACCAUGGGAGAAUUCUUUGAAAAUUUUUAUAGCAAAGGGAUAGAUAGCAAGUCUCUCAUCGAGAAGAUCAAAAUAUAACGCAAAAAAAAAAGAAAAAAAAAGACAAUUUUAUUUCUUUCUUAUUGUUAUAAAUAAUGGGAUUGUAUCUAAUUAUGUCAAAGGUAUUUGAUUAUGCAUCCAUGAGUUGUAAUAUUUAGUAAACUCAAAAAAACGUACAUCUAUAUAUAUUUUGUGAUUAUUGAUCUAGGGAAAGUCUAGAGUAAGGACCGACCGCAUGCAUUUUUUACGGACCAAAAACAUGAGAGAAUAAAAACCAUUGGAUUUUCAUACCUGGCGUCAAUGAUCCAGAUGGAAUUGCAACUCUCAUGAGAGAAUUUUGGCAAAAUCUCCCUUUCCUGCUCACAGCAGCUUGCAUUCCCGCUCGCAUCAGCUGGAACCACCUUUGCCAAAAUUCCUCUUCUCCUCUGCUUCCACCCCCUUCCCGCUCGCAUCUCCCCGUUCGGAACCAGUCCAACCAGCCACCGAUCUGAUUAUUUCAAAAAUCUCAAACUCAGCCCAACCAGCCACCCUUCGAAACUAGAAAGAGUCGUCGCCGUUAGUGCCUUGGCGUUGGAGUGUGGGUUCAUUGCCAUUCCUUCAUUCCUCUCCUUCAUUUUGAUAUUUCUAUACCUCUGUUUGUGUUUUUAUGUUUUAUAUAUAUAUAUAUAUAUAUUUUUUUUUUUUUUUCA